AGCCAACUGCCCAGUCUUCCUUUCCCUCCCUGGCUGCGGCUGGCGCUCCCUCCCUCCUUAUUUUUACCCCUAAAGCACAACUGCUAAACCCUGGCCUUCCACACGCACUGUCAUUUGCUUGCUUUCUCUGUUUUCAUCGCGCGUUUGGGCUUUGGAUUCCACCUUUUUGUUACUUUCCCACACCACGCGCCUCGCCUUCCCAGUUCCUACCUUCAAAUGCCGUGGUCUCCUACCCCGGCAUUGAAUAUUCAGAUUCAGCGCGACAGUCGAAUUGCUUGAGUUGAGCGAACCUUGUGUCGUUACCCUUUUCGCUCCCACUCUCUUCAUUUGAAUCUCUCUGCAAAAUCUUCUUCAGAUUAAUUAAGCAUCUCCUUCUCUUUCUUAAAUUUUUGUUUCGUGCCUGAAGGAUAGCCCCGCGAUUGCUUCCAGUGAAAAGCAGACUCAGGGUUUAUGUAGGUUCCCUAACAAGACGACCGCUUUUGAUUUAAAUCUUCUGUUGGAAACUCAUUAUGGGCGAAACUGGAUGUAAUAAUAUUUUGAAGGAUUUUUACGUCCCAAAUUACAUACUUGCACCUGAAUCAGAGGUCAGAGAUACUGCUUAUGUACCCACCUGUCCUGUGUUAGUGUUCAUCAAUUCCAAAAGUGGUGGUCAGCUGGGAAGCCAACUUCUUGUUACGUAUCGUGCUCUUCUUAAUAAAAAUCAGGUUUUUGACUUGGGAGAAAAGGCUCCUGAUAAGGUACUAAUCCAGUUCUAUAUCAAUGUUGAAAAGCUCAAGCAUAGUGGAGAUGGUUUGGCCUCUGAAAUUCAAAAGAGGUUGCGAAUUAUUGUUGCAGGUGGGGAUGGUACUGCCAGCUGGGUUCUUGGAGUAGUCUGUGAUCUCAAAUUACCUCACCCACCACCAAUUGCCACAGUGCCAUUGGGAACUGGAAACAACCUCCCAUUCUCCUUUGGAUGGGGGAAGAAAAAUCCUGGCACAGACCGCCAGUCUGUAGAGAUGUUCUUGAAGGAAGUAAAGACUGCCAAGGAAAUGAAAAUUGAUAGCUGGCAUAUCAUCAUGAGAAUGAGGGCUUCCAAAGAAGGCCCAUGCGAUCCUAUUGCUCCUCUUGAGCUUCCCCAUUCUUUGCAUGCAUUUCACCGUGUCUCUCAGAAAGAUAAACUGAACAUUGAAGGAUGCCACACAUAUCGUGGGGGAUUUUUGAACUACUUUAGCAUGGGAAUGGACGCUCAAGUGUCUUAUGCAUUUCACUCUGAACGGAAGUCGCAUCCAGAAAAUUUUAAAAAUCAGUUAAUUAAUCAGGGUACUUAUGCAAAAUUUGGAUGUACACAAGGAUGGUUUUGCACUUCUUUUUUUCACCCUUCUUCACGGAACAUAGCACAAUUGACAAAGGUCAGGAUUAUGAAAACACCUGGGCAAUGGGAAGAACUCUGCAUUCCUCACAGCAUCCGGUCUAUUGUUUGCCUCAACCUGCCCAGUUUUUCUGGUGGAUUUAAUCCUUGGGGGACACCAAAUCCAAAGAAAUUACGAGAUAGGGACUUGACUCCUCCAUAUGUAGAUGAUGGCAUUAUUGAGGUUGUUGGUUUUAAAGAUGCUUGGCAUGGACUUACUUUGCUUGCUCCAAAUGGUCAUGGAACUCGUCUUGCACAGGCAAAAAGAAUUCGCUUUGAGUUUCACAAGGCUGCAGCUGACCAUACAUACAUGAGGAUUGACGGGGAACCAUGGAAACAACCACUCCCAGUAGACAAUGAUACUGUCGUUAUAGAAAUCUCCCACUUUGGCCAAGUGCUCAUGCUUGCUACUCCUCACUGUCGAGCAAGAUGUCUUCAUGAACCAUCUUCACCAGCCCGUUUCCACAAUAAGAUAGAGGAUGGAUAUGCAGACGAAUCUGCUGAAGACUGGGAAGAGCGAAGGAAGCUCGGUGCAGCUGACACGUUCAGGAUACCAGAUGAGGUUGAUAUGAGUCAUCUUUAUUAAGCCCCUAGAAUCUCACCUGUUAAUCCUUUGUUCUCUCGGGGUUCAACAGCCUUCAGAUUUUGAUUGCAUCAUCUCAGUUGAUUGCUGUGGCAUUCUGUCUUGUCUGCUACAGAAUACAGGUGUGAGUCUCCUAAUGCUGCAACCAUGCCAGGGCAGUAGAUUCUUUGUAUGGUCUCUCUUGUAUCUUGUUUUUAUUUUUCUGCUGGGCUGAUCAUCCUUGUAUAAAAACUUAAAUAUCCGAGCAAUUACUAAUGUUGGCAUUUAUAGUGUUUUUGUGAUGUCAGCUAUUCAAUUUCAUUAUAAUCUGCAUUGAGGUUGGUACUGUUUCCAGUUUUUUUUCUGGGAAUGGCAUGUAUUAUAAGACCAUGAUAAGUGUGGAAUAACUGCACAUUUGGUAUGUACGAAUGGAACGGAAUAAGAGGGAAUGAAAUCAAAUUUAUAUCUUGAUUC